AUUGAUGGACGUACCUUGAGAAGAGAAUGAGGAAAAUACGCAAAUGAGUUUGUGACAAUUGUGGUCGCGUUUUCUCGCCCAUUUUGUUUAAAUUUUAUAUUGACAGCCAGUGACCCUGUCAGCCGGGCAGGAUGGGUAACGCCCAGAACCGCGAGCGCCACCGGUCUGGCGACACGGCCAGCGGCUCAGCCUCUCCGGUGGGCCGGUUCUCCGACUCGCCGUUCAUCUGGGACCACGACCGUCGCCGCCACUCGUCGGCCACGCACGAGGGCAGCGCGCCCGUGCUGCCCGAGCACAGGGGGCGCCGGUUCAGCGGCAUCGAAGCCGUCGUGCCGCCGCACCACCCGCCGCUGAUGACGCAGCGCUCGGUGCCGAUCUCGGUGCCGCGCGCGACGCCAGAGCCGCCGGCUGAGGGCCCGCAGGAGCGCCGCCUGCCGGUCGUCAUCCAGUGGAAGAAGGGCGGCAAGAACGUGCAGCUGUGCGGCAGCUUCACCGGCUGGAAACCGGUGCCGAUGGCCCGCAGUGAGAGCAACACGGACUCGGAGCACAUGAGCAUCGUCAACCUGCCCGAGGGCAGACACGAGUACAAGUUCUUCAUCGAUGGGGAAUGGAUGGUGGACAACAACGAGCCGACGACCGUCACCGACGGCGACAAGCGCAACUUCAUCACCGUGAAACUAUCCGACUUCACGGCGUGCGACGCGCUCAACAUGGAGACCGUGUCGGCUGGCGGCGAUCUGUCCGGCUCUCCGCCGGGCAAGUACGGCCAGGAGGUGCCGCAGCCCAAGCCGUGGGCACCGUCGUCGCCCAACCACCCUCCGGCACUGCCGCCGCAUCUUCUGGAGGUGAUUCUCAACAAGGACACGCCGGGCUCCAUGGAGCCGACGCUGCUGCCAGCGCCCAACCACGUCAUGCUUAACCAUCUGUACGCUCUGAGCAUCAAGGACGGUGUCAUGGUGCUCAGCGCCACCCAUCGCUACCGUAAAAAGUACGUCACCACUCUGCUCUACAAGCCCAUCUAGGAAUUCGCCACCUCGCCUGCCAAGGAGGGGUGAAGGCCCAGACGGGCCUGGCCCGGCCGGCCGCCGCGGUGGGCCGGGUCGGCGCAGUGGGGUGGAGGAGCCCGAGAAGUAGUGCGCGGUAUCGGGGGUGUCGUGGUCGGGUACGACGUAGCUGAUGUGUGCUGGAUGCGAGCGCCGGGGUGCAGGCUGCGGAUGCGCCCUACAGCGAGAGAGGCUGCGCAGAGGGCGCUAGUGGGCGUGCAGCCUUCGAUCGUGGAACGGUGUUAUAGAUUGACUGGUCGUCACUAUAACCACACUGCACAAACUCUGGCUGAGACGCGUAUUUUAAGAAUAUUUUAGCGGUCUUGCUAUGCACUCUUGCACUGCGUCCGACCUUGCUGUGGUGGUGGGUUGAACAUUGGGUUCCCUGUCGAUUCCGUCUCACUUCUGUCCAUCUUUCUACUGAUUUUAUAACUCGCGCGUUUUGGUGGCGGUGGCAUAUAUUACUUAAUGUUUGCCUUUUUUAGUUUAUUAUUCCUCCUGCUGUGUAUUACUAACAUUCCACCGAAUGCUGUAACUGGAGGCUAAUGUGUCCGCUUGGUGUUGCCGUCCCCGUUUAGUUACGCCUAGGUAGUGAAUAAGGCGAAUUUAUUGCAAUGGUGCCUCGAUCAGUGAACAAAUUUGGGGCCGCCUGCUGUGCCAAUGUUAGCGACGGGUAACCACGGUUGCCCUCCGUGCACAAAUAUGUGGCAUUGUAUUGACGGUGUAGUAUUCAGAUUGUAUAAAUGUUUAUUUUGUCACCGACUAGGCGUCGAGGUGGCCGAGGUACUCUAUACAAUUUGCACCAAUAAUGAUGUGUCCUGUGAUUUUGCCGCGCGUAACAGUUGUGUGCCAUGUGUUUUUAGACAUUUUGGAUAAUACACGGAUGAAUUACACGAUGA